GGUGGGGCCACGCCCAGCGCUCCGAGUCCGACCUGAUCCCGGAUCCGAGGCCGGCGCCCAGCGCCCGGCGCCGCCAUGGGGGCCUGCCUGGGCGCCUGCUCCCUGCUCAGCUGCGCAUCCUGCCUCUGCUGCUCUGCCCCCUGCGUCCUAUGCACCUGCUGCCCCUCCACCCGAAACUCCACGGUGAGCCGCCUCCUCUUCACCAGCUUUCUCUUCCUGGGGGUGCUGGUGUCCAUCAUCAUGCUGAGCCCUGGCGUGGAGAGUCAGCUCUACAAGCUCCCUUGGGUGUGUGAGGACAGGACCCAGACCCCAGUGGUACUGCAGGGCCCCCUGGACUGUGGCUCGCUGCUGGGCUUCCGGGCCGUCUACCGUAUGUGUUUCGCCACAGCAGCCUUUUUCUUCCUGUUCACUUUGCUGAUGAUCUGCGUUCGCAGUAGCCGGGACCCCCGAGCUGCCAUCCAGAAUGGGUUUUGGUUCUUUAAGUUCCUGAUCCUCCUGGGUAUCACUGUGGGUGCCUUCUACAUCCCUGAUGGCUCCUUUCCCAAGAUCUGGUUCUACUUUGGUGUGGUGGGUUCCUUCCUCUUCAUCCUCAUCCAGCUGAUCUUGUUCAUCGACUUUGCCCACUCCUGGAACCAGCGGUGGCUGUGUAAGGCUGAGGAGUGUGACUCCCCAGCCUGGUAUGCAGGCCUCUUCUUCUUCACCUUCCUCUUCUACGUGCUGUCCAUCGCCGCUGUGGUGUUGAUGUUCAUCUACUACACGGAGUCUGGUGCUUGCUACGAGGGCAAGGUCUUCAUCAGCCUCAACCUCACUCUCUGUGUCUGCGUCUCCAUUGUUGCUGUCCUGCCCAAGAUCCAGGAUGCCCAGCCCAACUCAGGUCUGCUGCAGGCCUCUGUCAUCACGCUGUAUACCAUGUUUGUCACCUGGUCAGCCCUAUCCAACGUCCCUGACCAGAAAUGCAACCCUCACCUGCCUACCAGUAACGGGACAGGACAGGCGGGCCUGGAGGACUACAGUACUGUGUGGUGGGAUGCCCCAAGCAUCGUGGGCCUUAUCAUCUUCAUCCUGUGCACCCUCUUCAUCAGUCUGCGCUCCUCUGACCACCGGCAGGUGAAUAGCCUGAUGCGGACGGAGGACUGUCAAGUGGAGACCAUGCAGCAGCAGCAGGUCGCCAUCUGCGAGGGCCGAGCCUAUGACAACGAGCAGGAUGGUGUCACCUACAGCUAUUCCUUCUUCCACUUCUGCCUGGUGCUGGCCUCCCUCCACAUCAUGAUGACACUCACCAACUGGUACAGCCCUGGUGAGACCCAGAAGAUGAUCAGCACGUGGACCUCUGUGUGGGUGAAGAUUUGUGCCAGCUGGGCAGGCCUGUUACUGUACCUGUGGACCCUGGUGGCCCCCCUUCUCCUGCCCAACCGAGACUUCAGCUGAGAAUAUCCUGCAGCCUGCCCGCCUGGUGCCUUGGGGCUCACUGAGGGCCGGCCUACCCUUCUCCUAACCUGCCCACCCUCCUCCAGGACUUGCCCAAGUCAGGACCCUCUGUUCUCAGUGCCUUCAGGGUCUGUGGAGCAUCACCCUCUGGUGGAAGUCCCACCCUUCACUGCUGUUGGCCAUGGGCACUCACCCUUGGGACAGAAGAGCCCCUGGCCUCAGGAUCCCCAGCAGGGGGUGCUGAAGGAGAGAGCUGCUCAAAGCUGCUCAGCUGGCAGGGGGUGCCCACCCUGCUGGGUGCCCCCACAUUAUGGUCUGUGCUGCGGAGCCUGCCCCCUUCCUGGACCACGUGCCUUACUGAGUCUCUAAGACUCUGCCCAAUAAACAAGUCCAUGUA